UUAUAUAAUUUAAAAUCGGUUAAAAAGAGAAUUUUAUUUAAAAAAAAAAAAGGAAAAGAAGACACAGAUUGCCUAGAAUGUUCAAAGGACUGCCUGCGUUAGGCUGCUUGGAAAAAACUAGCAAGGCAGCUGGGCUGCUUUGGGCUAUCCGCUGGAAAAAUAUGGCAAGGAGUGGAGUGUGGCUUUUUGGUGUAUGGGGAGACACCAGCGGAUUACACUUAAUUUGGCGUAAACCCUUCAAAAACUAAGAGUAUCAAUGUCGACGUGCACUUUUGACUUGUUGUUUGAAGAUGCCAAGUUCUACUUUGGUUUACAAAUGUUGAUAUGGAAAUCAUGUUCAUCAUGCACGUCAAAGGCAUAUUACGGUGUCACUUCUCUGAGAUGCCAGAAGGACCUGAACUGCACCUGGCAAGUCAGUUUGUGAACCAUUUCUGUGCUGGAGUGGUAUUCUCUGGAAAGGUGAAAAAGUCAGAUGUCUCCAAAAAUGUGGAGGUCCCCUUUGCUUGUGACAGUUAUUCUAUUACUGCUUGCUCUCGGGGGAAAGAAGUCCGGCUAAGGCUGACACCUAUCAAAGAUGAGGAAUCCAAAGAGAUGAAACCCACAGAUGCCAGUCAGCCAAUGGAUAUCAUCUUUCGGUUUGGGAUGUCAGGAUUUUUCAGGUUUACAUCUGAAAAUGAAAUACCCAAACAUUCCCAUUUGCUUUUCUAUACCAAAGAAAAACCGCGAAGAGUGCUAAGCUUCGUUGACAUCAGACGCUUUGGAAGCUGGGAGCCCAAUGGAAGCUGGCAGGCAGACAGAGGGCCGUGCGUUAUGUUUGAGUAUCCAGAAUUUCGAUCGAACGUGUUGGCCAACCUGUCUGACAAAGCCUUUGACAAGCCCAUAUGUGAAGUUCUGCUGAAUCAGAAAUAUUUUAAUGGAAUUGGAAACUACCUGCGAGCAGAAAUACUGUACAGGGUGAAGAUUCCCCCUUUUGUUAAAGCAAGGACAGUCUUGGACAACCUAUUACCAAAAAGCAAGGCAAAUGUGGAAGUCAAAGCAGAAGAUAACCAGUGCCAAACGCCUGAGAUAACUUUGAGCAAGAAAAUCAAGCAGAAAAAGGAGCGCCCUGACAUACUUGACCUCUGUCACUUUGUGCCUUUGGAAGUUGUUAAAAUGGGAGGCAAAGGCUAUGACCCGGAACAAUCCAAUGACUACUCUUCUUUCAAAGGCUGGCUGCAGUGUUACUGUGUUCCAGGAAUGAACUCCACGCGUGAUCAUAAUGGAAGAACCAUCUGGUUUCAGGGAGACCCUGGACCUUUGGCUCCUAAAGGCUUGAAGUCUCGCAGAAAGAAAACCAAUAAGCAAAAUGUAGAAGAUAGUGAUGAAAAGCCAAUUGUAGAAAAAGAGGAAAAGAAGCCUAAAAGAAAAAAAGGGAAAGAUACCGAGCGUGAGAAAGAUGAGGUUUCUGAAGAAUAUGAGUCUGAAAAACUGCAUACAGACAAAAAAAGAACAGAACUUGAAAAUGAGGAGGCUGCUGCUGCUGUGAAGAAAGGAUCAAGAAAAAUGAAUCUUAGGAGCAGAAAAGUGAAGUCAAAACCUAGCUGAUGUUUGAAAAGCUGAUUAUAUUUUUAAUAUGAAUGCAAUAUAUAUUGCACAAUAGCACAAUAUAUACUGUGCUUUUAUUUUUAUACUACUGUAUUUCCAAAAAACACUUUUUAAAAUAAAAAAAAAUAUUAGCUGUU